GGUUCCCCACUUGGACAUUUCACUUAUCAUUAAAGAACCACUUUUAUUUCUUCGGCAACCCAGUCAGUGCAUAACCGCGUUCUGUGCUGUCACAUUUGGGGAGAAUUAUACGAUUUCUACAUGGGUGAAGUGCAUUAGCUCCUGCGUGUGAUCAGUGUCCCUGGAUAUUAUUAAGUGCAUAGUGAAAAUCAUGGUGCCGACAUACGUCGUUGCCGCGAUCCUGUUAUCAGCUACACUUUUCGGUUUUGCUGAAAGCCAAAGAAAAGUUGCCCGGCCCUUACCAACAGUAUCAGAAACUAAAGAACGAGCAAGAGCAAAUUUCGAUUGUCCUGAAGAAUUUGGUUACUAUCCCCAUCCAAGUGACUGUACGCAGUAUUAUGUUUGUGUAUUUGGUGGUGCUCUAUUAGAAUCAUGCACUGGAGGUUUGAUGUACAGUCAUGAACUGCAAACUUGUGACUGGCCAAGAAACGUAGGCUGUGACGGUUUAGAGAUUGCUGGUCCACCCCUAUCAGCUCCAGCAUCUCAGAGCUCUGGUUCUCAAGGCUUACGGAGCAGAGAAAGAGAAAGGUUACGCGAAAGAGAAAAGGAAGAAGUAAGGGGCGAGUCAGCCAGAUCUAAAUAUUCGCCUCAGCCACCACCUCCGCCUCCACAACCUAAAGCUAUAGUGACAUCUAGGGGGCAACCUAGGCAAUUGCAGAACCAAGAAAUUAUCAAACAAAUCUACGAUGAAGUUGAAGAAGCCUUACCUCCAGCUGAAGAAGUCGAGAGUGACCGACAACAAAGAGUUUACCGAGGUCAACCAUCCCUUGUCGGUCAAGUACAACGAGAUCGUGAUGGGUAUAGGCACACUAAUGCCUUGCCGACCUACAAAGACCGUGGAGAAAAAAUUGGGGUAAUUUCAUUUGGAACGCAAUCUCAACUCCAGCAUUACAGCGAAGAGAAAAGUACGGUGUCACAGCCGCCCGCCGUUCCAACUGCCACUGCGACAGCGAGAACAUUGUACAACAGCAGCCAAUACAACAACAUAAACCAAAAUGACAAUCGGUAUGAUCCCUUUUAUCCAUUGUAUGAUGAAGAUGUUGAGUUGUACAAGGACGUUGAUUAUACACCACAAAACAAUAAUAAUUACAACACGAACUCGCCCAGCACUAGAGGCACCACACCUAGUGUCUAUCGUGGAUCACCAGCACGCGAAGAGUCGACAAAACGUGGCAAUGUUGUAUAUAAUAACGUUAAUCAAGAUAUUUACCAACAGCCUUCUACUGUCAGUGAUUAUAGUGACAAUUCGUAUCAGGAGGAAGAUACAGGAUACAAACAAUCUAGUAGAUCACCUUCUAGUCUUAGGGGAGACAGAAAUGAGAUAAACGAUAUAGAAGAGGUUCCUUCUACUAAAAGAACUGCUUCAACUUCUACCAUCAGAAAACUUACCACAACCACCACCACUCCCAGAAUUACAACCACGACGCAAGCACGAAUCCUUCCUUCCAAAAAGAUAACUACCACUACCCCUUCAAGAACAUCUUCAAGAGGACGAGGUACAUCGCAUUACACAAACUCCGCUUCUAUUGCUAGUAAUGAAGUUACCGUUAAUAGGGGUACUCCAGCUCCCCGAUCUCGCCCAACACUAAAACCAUCCACCUCGAUCGUCUCCAAAGCCACAGAAUUUAUUGAUAUCUACAAAAAUCCACCUCGCAGACCAGAUCCUAUUUACCCGCAACCACAACCUGACAAAACAGCUGCCAAAUGCAGAAAAGACGUCUGCUUACUUCCAGAUUGCUCCUGUGGAGGAAAAGAUAUUCCCGGAGAUAUCCCAGUUGAGCAAGUACCACAAAUGGUUAUCCUUACUUUCGAUGAUUCUGUUAACGACUUGAACAAAGGUUUAUACCAAGAUCUCUUUGAAAGAGGCAGGACCAACCCGAAUGGGUGCCCAAUCGCAGCAACCUUCUAUGUGUCCCAUGAGUGGACAGACUAUAGUCAAGUACAGAAUCUGUACUCUGAUGGCCAUGAGCUUGCAUCCCAUACAGUGUCGCACAGUUUUGGGGAGCAAUUUUCACAAAAGAAAUGGACACGUGAAGUUGCUGGACAAAGAGAAAUCUUGUCUGCCUAUGGAGGGGUUAAACUAGAAGAUGUUAGAGGAAUGAGGGCUCCUUUCUUAUCCGUCGGUGGAAACAAAAUGUUCAAAAUGUUGUACGACUCAAACUUCACCUACGACUCAUCAAUGCCCAUCUACGAAAACAAACCGCCAAGCUGGCCUUAUACUUUGGACUACAAACUUUUCCAUGAUUGUAUGAUUCCUCCAUGUCCUACGAGAUCAUAUCCUGGUGUCUGGGAAGUCCCAAUGGUAAUGUGGCAAGAUCUUAAUGGUGGAAGAUGCUCUAUGGGCGACGCUUGCAGUAAUCCACCUGAUGCGGAUGGUGUAUUCAAAAUGCUUAUUAAAAAUUUCCAGAGACAUUAUACGACUAACAGAGCUCCAUUUGGUCUCUUCUAUCACGCAGCCUGGUUCACGCAACCCCACCAUAAAGAAGGAUUUAUUACCUUCAUCGACACCAUUUUAGCCAUGAAAGAUGUAUGGUUACUUACAAAUUGGCAAGCACUUCAGUGGGUGCGCGACCCUACUCCGACAUCAAGGCUUAACAACUUCCAGCCAUUCCAGUGUGAUUAUGCUGACCGUCCAAAAAGAUGUAACAAUCCCAAAGUUUGCAAUCUUUGGCAUAAGUCUGGCGUAAGAUAUAUGAGGACCUGUCAGCCCUGUCCUGAUAUCUACCCCUGGACUGGCAACACUGGAAUCCGUAGUAGUCGAAUUGACAACGACAUUGAAGAUUAGACUUAAGCAAAAUUAGGUGUUUUCUUUGUGAGGUUUAAAUAUCGUUAGGCCAUUCACAUUAUUUUCAAUGCAUCAAAAUCAUUAUUAUUUAUAGCAGUAGUUUAACAAAAAUAAGCAAAUUUGAUGUUCUUCAGGUGUCAAGCUUGAAAUAUAACCUCAUGUCUGAAUAACAUCAUGAGCGUGGCCUAAUAGUAAAUACAUGUAUAUAUUCGCUAGACUCUAAUAAUCUGAAUUAUAUUUAAUACUGCCAAAAGCCAAAAUGUGGUGUGAAAAAUGUUUAGUUUUAUAAAAAUCGUUCAAGAAGCUAUACUGAGAAUUUUUGCCCGAAUAUAUCCUAGAUUUUUUUCAAAUGAAUAGAUUAUUUUUAGGUAAUAUCUAAUUUAUUAUACUUAAAUCAAUUUUCUUUGUUGUGUGUACAAAAUGAUAAAAUAUGUGACGAAAACCAGUGGGUGAUAAACUUGAUAAUAAAAACCUUUUAUAAAUAGA